AUGCAGAGAAUGAGCGGCAUUGCCACAGCGACGAGCAAGAUGGUGGAGGCAGUGAAGGGGACAGAUGCAAAGAUCCUGGACACAAGAAAGACAGCCCCAGGGCUGCGGGUGCUGGACAAGUGGGCCGUCCUAAUAGGAGGGGGCAACAACCAUCGAAUGGGCCUGUUUGACAUGGUGAUGAUCAAAGACAAUCACAUUGCUGUGGCAGGGGGGAUCAAGCCAGCAAUCAGCCGGGCCACCGAAUAUUUGCAGCAGAACGAGCUUCAGGGCACAGGGAUCGAGGUGGAGACGAGCUCGCUGGAUGAGGUUCAAGAGGUCCUUGAGGCGUUGGAUGAGAUGCCGAACUGCAGAGUGAUGCGUGUGAUGUUAGACAACAUGGCAACGCGGGAUUCAAAGAAGCCUGGUGGCGUGGACACUUCCUUGCUCAGGGAAGCCGUGGCCAAGAUUGACAGGAGGGUGGACACAGAGGCAUCAGGCAAUGUCACAUUAGAGUCCGUCAGUGAGAUUGCUUCCACUGGAGUGACAUUCAUAUCCUCAGGGGCGUUGACGCACUCAGUUGCCGCAUUGGAUAUCUCCCUGAACAUCAGCACUUCUUAA